AAAAAAGAAUAACUAAAGCCCGCCCCCGGAUCAGUGGGCGGGGCGUCGCUGAGCUCUAGAGGUGACGCCGUGCGCAGACGCUCCACACGUAACUGCGUCGCGGAGUUGGACAAGAUGCAGCGGGACAAGACAAGCAACGCCACCGGGGCUGAAAAGCCCGAUCGGGAGGCCGCCAUCAUGUCGAAGUACUACGACGGAGUGGAGUUCCCUUUCUGUGACGAGUUCUCCAAGUACGAGAAAAUGGCCAAGAUCGGACAAGGAACCUUUGGGGAGGUGUUCAAAGCGAAGCACCGACAGACAGGGAAGAAAGUUGCACUGAAGAAAGUGCUGAUGGAAAACGAGAAAGAAGGGUUCCCAAUCACAGCUCUGAGAGAGAUCAAAAUCCUUCAACUGCUCAAGCACGAGAACGUUGUCAAUCUGAUCGAGAUCUGCAGGACCAAAGCCACUCAGUUUAACAGGUACAAAGGCAGCAUCUACUUGGUGUUUGACUUCUGUGAGCAUGACCUGGCUGGGCUGCUGAGCAAUGCCAACGUGAAGUUCACGCUGGCAGAGAUCAAGAAGGUGAUGCAGAUGCUGCUCAAUGGGCUGUACUACAUCCACAGGAACAAGAUCCUUCACAGAGACAUGAAGGCAGCUAAUGUGCUCAUAACCAGAGACGGCGUCCUGAAGCUGGCUGACUUUGGUUUGGCUCGAGCCUUCAGCCUGGCCAAGAACAGCCAGGGGAACCGCUACACUAACCGCGUGGUGACGCUGUGGUACCGACCUCCAGAGCUGCUGUUGGGUGAGCGAGACUACGGGCCUCCAAUCGACCUGUGGGGGGCUGGCUGCAUCAUGGCCGAGAUGUGGACACGGAGUCCGAUCAUGCAGGGGAACACGGAGCAGCACCAGCUGACCCUCAUCAGCCAGCUCUGCGGCUCCAUCACGGCAGAGGUGUGGCCCGGUGUAGACAAGAAGUAUGAGCUGUACCAGAAGAUGGAGCUGCCCAAAGGUCAGAAGAGGAAAGUGAAGGACCGCCUCAAAGCUUACGUCAAAGACCCGUAUGCCCUGGACCUCAUUGACAAGCUGCUGGUCCUGGACCCGGCACAGCGAAUCGACAGUGACGACGCCCUCAACCACGACUUCUUCUGGUCAGACCCGAUGCCGUCAGACCUCAAGAACAUGCUCUCCACCCACAACACGUCCAUGUUUGAGUACCUGGCCCCACCUCGGCGGAGAGGACACAUGCCCCAGCAGCAGCCUAAUCAGAACCGGAACCCGGCCACCACGAGCCAGACAGAGUUCGACCGCGUGUUUUAAACCAGGUUCUUGACGCUUGGCAGUCCAAUUUUCCUUCUAGAUGUCUGUGGAUUAACUGGGAGCAAAUGUUUUCCCCUUGUCCUCACUGCAUGUUUGAGGCAAAACUUCUUUUUUUUUUUUUUUUUUUUUUAACAGCUACUCAUUUCUCUGUAUUACAGAGUUAUUUAUAAAGACAGUGUUAAAGUUUUAUUUAAGACACACUUACAGGAUCACUUAUUCUUCUGACACAAAGGGACAUUUAUACCUAAAAUAAAGUGUUGUUUUUUUUUUUUUGUUUGUUUUGUUUUUUUUCUUCUUCUUUCUUAAAUGUACCUGGCUGCAUGUGAUCUGACACGUGUGGCCUGACUAUACCUUCAGGAUGUGAAGAAGUGACUGAAAGACUGCAGUACCUCCAGCAGGGGGCAGCAUCAUAUCGCUGUAUAUCCUUAUACAGCACAUGUACAUAACUUUUUAUACUCCAGCAUCGCUGAACAAAAGUGUUUUUGAACUGUCGGUGCCUCGAAUGUGAAAUUUUGGGUCAAUAAAAUAUUUUAAACACAA